GUCCAAUUGCCAAGCAACCCCCUGUCAGCCAAUCACAGAGCUCAGAGGUGAUGUCAUGGCGAGAGCGAGCAGUGGUGCUGAUGUGGAGAGAAGCCCAGGGUACCACUAAUCGAGGGAGUGAGGAAGGAAGCACCUCGCCUGAACAGGACCGCAGAUUUGUGACAGCGUCCUGAGCUGGUGACAGACCUACUCUGUGACUUUCAGCCAGAUUCAGCCCUCACAUUCCUGAAAACAUGACCCUCGCCGCCUACAAAGAGAAGAUGAAGGAGCUCCCACUGGUGUCCUUGUUCUGCUCCUGUUUUCUGGCCGAUCCUCUGAAUAAAUCAUCCUAUAAAUACGAAGGCUGGUGUGGGAGACAGUGUAGGAGGAAAGAUCAAAGCCAGCGGAAAGACAGUGCUGACUGGAGAGAAAGAAGAGAGCAGGCAGACACAGUGGACCUGAACUGGUGUGUAAUUUCCGACAUGGAAGUCAUUGAGCUGAACAAAUGUACCUCGGGCCAGUCCUUUGAAGUCAUCCUGAAGCCACCUUCCUUCGAUGGGGUCCCCGAGUUCAAUGCCUCCCUACCCAGGCGGCGAGACCCAUCACUGGAAGAGAUCCAGAAGAAACUAGAAGCAGCUGAGGAGCGAAGAAAGUACCAGGAAGCUGAGCUCCUGAAACACCUAGCAGAGAAACGAGAACACGAGCGGGAGGUGAUCCAAAAAGCCAUUGAGGAAAACAACAAUUUCAUCAAGAUGGCUAAGGAAAAACUGGCCCAGAAGAUGGAAUCCAAUAAGGAAAACCGGGAGGCCCAUCUUGCUGCCAUGUUGGAACGGCUGCAAGAGAAGGACAAGCACGCGGAAGAGGUGCGGAAAAACAAGGAGCUGAAGGAAGAGGCCUCCAGGUAAAGCCCAGAGGCCAAAGAAGUUUCCAGAACAGCCGGACAGCUCCAGCAGCUCCGCAGUUCCCGAGGCAGCCUCGUCCGCCGCGGGCUGCUCUCCCAGCACUGGGGUUUGGGGGGGAGGGGGGUGGCCAGGGGUGUUUCCUCUGCUUUUGGUGUUUGUACAUGUAAAGAAUUGACCAGUGAAGCCAUCCUAUUUGUUUCCGGGGAACAAUGAUGGGGUGGGAGAGGGGAGAGAAGGAGAGAACUUGGGAAAGAAGAUGGAGAAGGACUCACGGACAUUGCAACCCUGCCCACCGCAGACUCAGGUCAAGUCCUUGGCUUUUCUUCGCGGUGAAUGUCCAGGCACCAUGUUGAGGGAGGCUGCAAACGGGGCAGAGUCCGGGGUGGGGCAGCGGCUGCAGGGCCCUGCGGGGGAAGCCCAGGGAGAGGGUGGGGGGCCCCCGGACGUGUUGCUUCCGCCCUGCAACAGGUGGGAUGAGGUCCGAGUGUGUGUGUGUUAACCAUCAUCUUUUGAUCAUCAUGACCAAUGAAAUAUUUACUCCAGGUCUCCCGUUCUUUAUUUCCUGAAUUUGUCCUUUCAGUGACUGACAAAAUAUUCUUGAAUUUGGUUUCCACCCAUCAGGGGGCAGCUGCCUCUUUUGUUCCUGAGUUUGACCAUCAGAGCAUCUGAGAGGUGCUGGGGGAGGUGGGUUAAACAUGCCAGACUUUGGC